CUACACUACACUAAAUGACACAGUACAUCAUGGAGCAGAAGAAGAUCCUGUGUGUCGGGUUGGUGUGUUUGGACAUCAUUAACGUGGUGGACAAAUUUCCGGAAGAGGACACUGACACGAGAUGUGUGUCCCAGAGGUGGCAGCGAGGUGGGAAUGCCUCAAACUCUUGCACGGUUCUGUCACUACUCGGUGCUCCCUGUGCCUUCAUGGGUUCUCUGGCCGCAGGACCGAUUGCUGACUUCACCCUGAAUGAUUUUAAUAAGUACCACAUUGACGUGUCUCUUGUUACUGAGCAUGCUCAGUGCUCGUUCCCCACCUCCGUCGUCAUCUGCAACCAGACCAGCGGCACACGCACCAUCCUGCACAUGAACAGCUUUAUCGUGGGGGAUUUUAGCCGCCGCGGUGUGAAUAUUUCUGGUGUAGCGUGGCAGCAGUGUGGCGAGACGCCAUGUGCGUGUUGUAUCGUUUGUCAAAAGUCGGGUUCUCGCACCGUGGUUCUCUAUGACACAAACCUUCCUGAUGUUUGUGCAGAUGAUUUCUUAAAGCUGGAUCUCAGUCAGUUUAAGUGGAUUCACUUUGAGGGUCGCAAUGCGGAUGAGCAGGUGAAAAUGAUUGAGCAGGUGAGAAGAUACAACUCCACACAGGAGGAGAAGAACAGGAUCACCGUCUCCGUGGAGAUCGAGAAAACCCGCUCUUUACUCUAUCAGCUCUUCCCGCUUGGAGACGUGGUGUUUGUGAGUAAAGACGUGGCGGUGCAUUUCGGGUUUCAGUCGGCGUCCAGUGCUGUGACAGGGUUAUACAACCGUGUGAAAGACGGGGCUGUGCUGAUCUGUGCCUGGGCCGAGAUGGGUGCCGACGCCAUGGGUCCUGAUGGCACCAUAAUUCACGCUGAUGCCUUUCCUCCUGAGAAACUGGUGGACACGCUCGGAGCUGGAGACACCUUCAACGCCUCAGUCAUUUACAGCCUGUCUAAUGGAGGGUCGUUACAGGAAGCACUCACAUUUGGCUGCCAGAUUGCGGGAAAGAAAUGCGGCUUUCACGGCUAUGACGGGAUCGUUCAGUGAAAAACAAAGCUGCAGAUGCAGAAGUUUAGGAGAAUCGCAGAGGAGGCGUUGUUUAAAUGCAUUAAUGUAUAAAUGAACGGAUGAACGGACUAAUGAAUUCAUUAAUUUAGGAAUGAAUAUUCAUAGAGAGGCCAGUCCCUCAUACACUUGCUCCUAGUUGUGUUCCCUUUUAAGAGCACAUAGGUCUGAUGUUUGGGUUGUUUUUUUCUGCAUUUUUUUUACACUUCAAUGAUACAGAUCAUCAAACAAAUGUCAAUAUUACACAAAGAUAACCAAAGUAAAUGCAAAAUGCAGUUUUAAAAUCAUGAUUUUAUUUAUUAAGGAAAAAAAGCUGUCCAAACCUAGCUGGCCUUUGUAAAAAUGCUAAACCAUGAAUGAACUGUGAUUAUUCACAAUUGUUGGAAAGCUGAGUUAAAUUUCACCGAGGCCUGAUUACUGCCAGAGCUGUUGAAUCAAGAAAUCUCUUAAAUAGAACUUGUCUAACAAAGUGUUUCACACUAAAAGAUCUAAAAAGCAAAAUGAUCUAAAGAAACUUAAGAACAGAUGAGAAACUAAGUAAUUGACAUGCAUCAGCUUGGAAAGGGCCAUUAUCCACGAAUGGGGAAAACAUGGAACAUUAGUAAACCAUACCAGGAAUGGCUGGCCUACUAAUAUUACUCAUCCAGGAACUUAUAAAAGAACCCAGAACAUUAUCUAAAGAACUGCAGGCCUCACUGGCCUUAGUUAAGGUCAGUGUUCAUAAUUCAAGAAUAAGAGACAAAAAUAU